CAUACAACUCAAUACCAUCAAUCUGCUAGAGGUGAAGCUUGUGACCGUAGUAAAAGUUUCUGCUUCGACUAACAUGGUGGGAGGAAAAAGUAAACAUAUGGGAGAAGGAAGCAAACCGAAGGCAAAUAAAGAUGAUGCUUAUGCAUAUCUUAGGGUUCUGAGGGAUCAUUUUCAUAAUGAUAGUAAAAAAUAUGAUGACUUUGUUGCGAUCAUGAAUAAUUUUAAAGCUAGGAGAAUUGAUAGGGAUGAUUGCAUAAAAGAGGUGGAGAAACUGCUAAGAGGACAACGUAAUUUGAUUUCGGGUUUCAAUACAUUCUUACCAAAGAGUUUGGAGAUUACUAAUUAUUAUGUUGGGGCAGGAGAGGGUAGGUGAUGCUGCUUUGGGAUUUCUUGGUUUGUAUAAACCAAGUUCGGUUUUAGAUUUGUUCUAUAUCGAAUAAAUAUUUGUGGUUCGUUUUUUCCUUUUAUUUAAGAAUAUUUGGAUCUAA